AUGGAAGUCCACGCCCUCGAUGAUUACUACCUUGCCAUUACACUUCUUAUUACCAUUGCCUACCAAUUGUUCUUCUUCUCCAUUGCUUGGACCUUCAAAUUCGACAAAUUAACUGAUUUUGCGGGCGGCACCAAUUUCGUUGUCCUCGCAAUCAUAACCUUAGCAUUCUCCGGCCAUCACAAUGCUCGCCAAAUCAUCGACUCGCUGUUUAUUAUGAUAUGGGGCGCCCGCCUCUCUGGCUUUCUACUCUUUCGUAUCUUGAAAACAGGCAAAGAUGAUCGCUUUGACGACAAACGCGACAAGUUCUUCUCUUUCUUGGGCUUCUGGAUCUUCCAAAUGGUUUGGGUGUGGGCGGUCUCAUUGCCAGUGACCAUUUUGAACAGCCCAAAUGUGACGCAAUUUUCCCAACCGAGGUUCGGAACUGGAAGAGACAUCGCUGGAGUCAUUCUCUUCGCAAUCGGAUUUGUCAUGGAGAGUGUUUGCGAUGUGCAGAAGUAUAGGUUCAGAAGUAACCCUAACAACAAGGGCAAAGUCUGCGACGUCGGAUUCUUUUCGUGGUCAAGACAUCCUAAUUACUUCGGAGAAAUCAUCAUGCAAUUUUCGAUUUUCAUGAUAGCGGUGUCACCAGCAGCCUACGGCUAUGUCAGAGGCGGUGCGUACGAUGCGCUUUACGCCUCCAUUCUUGGCCCAAUCUUCUUGACCAUGCUCCUCAUGUUCCUCUCUGGCCUACCCCUGCAGGAGCGUCCUGGUGCGAAGAAAAGGUAUGAGAGCGGCAACAACUGGGAAGAAUACAAGCGCUGGACAGAGCGAACGAGCAUCCUUCUUCCAUUUCCUCCCCAGCUUUAUGUGAAAAUGCCUGUGAUCCUGAAACGUACAAUUUUUCUCGAGUUCCCAAUCUACGUCUUCGAUCCUGUGAAGCACGCAGAUCAGAGCAAGGUGCGGGAUAGAGAAGCGGAAGAGGGUAGAAGUGAGCAAUGA